UCCUUAUUGAGUCUCAUUCGGAUGGUGUGAGACUCAUGAAUGUCUGCAACAAUCAACCGAUCGGCUAUGAUUGCUUUCGAGAAAGCAACAUGGGAAUGGGUUGUCCCUUCCACUGCUCAGGGGACCGGGCUACCUCUACACUUCCCACAUCGAGUAACACGUCUGGAACGCAGGAAACUUCAUGCCGAGAGAGAAUUGGUGAGAAGUCUAAACUCUACAGUCUUUCCGAAGAACACCAGGAUGAAAAUGAACACGAAAAUGAACAUUUGAGCUUAAAGACUCUAGCCACAGCUGUCAGGGUUCUCACUUCUCCCCCGGCGCACUUGUUAUGGAUAAGCUUAAAAGAAAUCCUAGUUGCUAAAGAUCCGGCAUUGUGGGCAGCUAUCAAGCACAAUAUCAAGCUCAAACAUGAGCCCCCUGAGGAAGUUUCAUCGAUACAUGAGUUGGUUUCCCAGGACGAUAAUGAAAUUCUUGACGAAAUCUUUAUCGAGGCAGUGGGAUUCAUCGCUCGUCGAUACGGAACAACUGAAGAGAAAUUGCUGGAGAAAGUUGGCCAUGCAGUUGCUAACAACUGCCUUACUUGGUUUCGGAAAGGUUUAAAAUUUCUCGGGAAUACUGUUGAAGAAAUGUGGCUCAGCGUUGAGAAUGUUCGAGUCGCUGCAGCAGAAGGAGAUACAUCUCUCAGAGUUGAAGCUAUACCAGAUGGGCCAUUGCAAAUUCUACAUCAUCCCCAUAAAAAGUAUUUUGCUCCGGCCAUGAUUGGUAUCAUUCGUGAGACGGCAAAGAAUUUGCAACAGGUAGAUGUUAUGGUCAAUCUUACAUCUGUUGGAGAGGAUUUUUUAUACCAGGUUACUACAGUUUCCACUUCUAAAACCAUGAAUACUGACACGGAGAGAUACAUUGACAAACUCUCCAGGAAUCCUGAUGAUCUUGGAUUGUCCAUUUCCGUCAUGUGCAAAGUAUUUCCGUUUCAUAUCAUUGUGGAUCGAGACAUGAAGAUAGUUCAGCUUGGAAAGGGUCUCUUGCGAAUUUUCAAGUCGAAGCUCGGCGAUGGAGACCGACACUUCAGCUCAUAUUUUGUCAUACAGUCACCCAAGGUCGCAGUUACAUUUGAAGACAUUUCACAGCUGUCCAACGUUUCAUUUGUACUCGUCAUCAAGACAUCUCAUCGAGACAAAGAAACUUUGCAGGGAAUGAAUAUAAAAGGCCAGAUGAUCUUGUGCCCAGAAUCGCAAUGUUUGCUAUUCUUAGGUUCGCCUGUCGUCAAGGGAUUAUCGGGACUAGUUGGGAGAGGGCUUUACAUCUCUGAUAUUCCAGUACAUGAUGCUACGAGGGACAUAAUGCUGGUGGAAGAACAAACCAAAGCCCAGGAUGGAUUGAAAAAGAGAAUGGAUAAGCUUAAAAACUCCAUCCAAGAAGCGAGCCAAGCGGUCGAAGAGGAAAGGCAGAAGAACGUGGAUUUGUUGCAUCUGAUAUUCCCGGCUGAAGUUGCUCGAAAACUUUGGAGAGGUGAAUCCGUGAAAGCUGAACAAAGAGAGAACGUGACCAUGCUGUUUUCCGACAUCGUCGGUUUCACUUCGAUCUGCUCGACUGCAACACCUCUGAUGGUUAUUGAUCUUCUAAACAAUCUCUACACUCGAUUUGAUAACUUCUGUGGAGAGCUGGAUGUUUAUAAAACGGAAACUAUUGGAGACGCAUACUGUGUAGCCGGAGGACUUCAUAGAUCUAGCACUACGCAUGCCCAACAGACUGCAUGGAUGGCUUUGAAAAUGAUAGAAGCAGCUGGACAAGUAACAACACCUGACGGACAACCUGUGAAGAUGCGCAUUGGCCUUCAUACAGGUGUGAUACUUGCUGGGGUUGUGGGAACAAAAAUGCCAAGAUAUUGUCUCUUUGGAAAUGAUGUCACGUUGGCAAAUAAAUUUGAGUCAGGAAGCAUCUCUAUGCGAAUCAAUGUCAGCCCAACAACAUACGAGCUUCUAGAAAAAACCCGUACCUUUCUCUUUACGCCAAGAACCAGAGCUGAUCUCCCAAAAGGAUUUCCAGAGGACAUACGAGGAAUUCCGUACUUUUUGGAUAAUUUUGUUCAUCCUGAAAUACCUCUGGACAAACCGCUUUCGGAUCACAUCGCUGCUGCCAUGAAAGAUAUAGAAGUACAAUCAAAGCCUUCUGUGAACAACAAGUAAUACCACACGAAGGAUCCCGAUAUAUCUCUUCAACAGCUACUUCAAGUAAAAUCCGAAACUCCCACCUUGAUUUUCUUGCCAAAGAGGGCAUUGUAAGGGGGGGGGGGGAAAUACAUGUGAAUUUUUUUUAAAGCAAGCACAAUGCAUAACAGAUUCGGAAAAUGCAGCACCAUCAUUAGUGUCAUACAUUUGAGUUUGUUUUGUGAGGUGCCAAUUAAUGUAGUGUUAUACCAAAAAAAGUGUUAAUGAACUCAAUGUGUUUUGACAUAUAUGUAAAAGUUAUGUAAUCUCAAGCUUCAGGUCUAAGCAACCGAAAUUUUCGUUUGAAAUUUUAUCAAACCUCGAAUAAAAUGAAAUUGGAUCACUAUUGUUUUGCAAAUUUAUAGAUGUUCAGCAUGAAGUUUGUGUAACAUUUAAAAAUAUUGAUUCUCUGUGUAUUGUAUGUUCCGCCAUUUUAUUAUGUAUUGCACACGCACACCAAAAUUUCAUUUAUUGCAA